CAAACUCGAAUCCCUUUUCUCUUUAGCCUGAUGGUAAGAAAGCAAUCCUGAUUGGCCUUCGAAUGGAACACGGAAGUGGCGGUUAGCAAACUAAAAACCCUUCCCUCUAUGGGCUGCUGAGCGGAAUUGGGCUUCGAAUUGGAACCCGGAAUUGGCCUUGGAAUGGAACCCGGAAGUGGAGGUUUGAAGACUAGAAACCCUUUUCUCUUUGGACUGGUUUCCAGAAAGGGCCUCCCUGAUUGGCCUCGUGAAUAGAACCCGGAAGCGGAGGUUAGAAUCCUGCCUUCUGAUUGGCCCACGUGUUCCCUCCUCGCCCCCUGAUUGGCUGUUUGCCGGAUUCUCGCGAGAGUUGCCUUUUUUUUCGGUAUUGUUUUGAAAUGGCGGCGGGCGGUUGAGAGGGCGGCGAGGGCCCGGCGGUUCCCUCAUGGAAAGGCCCCGGAUGCAGAGGACGUACCCGGGCCGGCGCGGGAAGGCGGGGCGGGCGGGCCGGGCCUGGUUCCCGCCUCCGGCCGGGCGAGGGGAGCGGAGAGGCCUCUUCAGCCCCAGCUCGUCCUCGGGCGGGGCCUCGCUGGAGGACCCGGAUGCGCGCCCCCCGGAGAGGAAGCCGAGGAAGAGGAGGCGCCCGCCGAGGAGGAGGGACCCCAAGGAGAACCUCCAGCCGCCCUCGCCGCUGCGCAGGAACGUCACGCUCCGCCGGGGGAGGAGGCCGCCCCCGCCCCUGCUCUGCAGCACCCCGCAAACUCCCCGCAAGGCUCCCCUCGAGGGACCAGGCCCCUGGGACGCCCUCCCCGAGCUCAGCCUCCUGCCCCUCUCCGCCAAGGACCACGAGGACCACCACGGACAUGGGGAGCGGCAUCCGCACGCUGCAGCGUUGUCGGCACUCCCGAAGGAAGAGGAGGCCUCCCUGGGGACACGCACGGGCCCGCCCGACCUCCGGGCAUCGCUCUACCAGGCCACGGAGACACACAACCAUCUCUGGAGUGAGGAGGAAGCGUCCCCAAGGCCAUGGGAAGACCCCACGGCCCAUCCACCACGUCAAAAUCCUGAUAUCAUGCAGUCUCCAGAUCUCCGGAGUAGGAUUAAAGCAUCCUCAAGGCAAUGGGAAGACCCCACGGCCCAUCCACCACGUCAAAAUCCAGAUAUCAUGCAGUCUCCAGAUCUCCGGAGUAGGAUUAAAGCAUCCUCAAGGCACCGGGAGGACCAGAGUGAUGUCUGGAGUGAGGUGAAAGUGUCCCCAAGGCAAUGGGAAGACCCCACGGCCCACCCACCACGUCAAAAUCCAGAUAUUCUGCAGCUUCCAGAUCUUCGGAGUAAGGCUAAAGCGUCCUCAAGGCAUCGAGAAGACCAGAGUGAUGUCUGGAGUGAGGGGAAAGUGUCCCCAAGGCAAUGGGAAGACUCCACGGCCCACCCACCACGUCAAAAUCCAGUUAUCCUGCAGUCUCCAGAUCUCUGGAGUAAGGUUAAAGCAUCCUCAAGGCACCGGGAGGACCACAGUGAUGUCUGGAGUGAGGGGAAAGUGUCAUCAAGGCAAUGGGAAGACUCCACGGCCCACCCACCACGUCAAAAUCCAGAUAUCCCACAGCCUCCAGAUCUUCAGAGUAAGGUUAAAGUGUCCUCAAGGCAUCGAGAAGACCAGAGUGACAUCUGGAGUGAGGGGAAAGUGUCCUCAAGGCAAUGGGAAGACUCCACAGCCCAUCCACCACGUCAAAAUCCUGAUAUCCUGGAGACACGCAACGAUAUCUGGAGUAAGGUUAAAGCGUCCUCAAGGCAUCGAGAAGACCAGAGUGAGAUCUGGAGUGAGGAGGAAGCAUCUCCAAGGCAAUGGGAAGACCAGAGUGACAUCUGGAGUGAGGGGAAAGCAUCUCCAAGGCAAUGGGAAGACCAAAGUGACGUCUGGAGUGAGGGGAAAGUGUCCCCAAGGCAAUGGGAAGACUCCACGGCCCACCCACCACGUCAAAAUCCAGAUAUCCUGCAGCCUCCAAGGCACCGAGAAGACCAAAGUGAUGUCUGGAGUGAGGAGGAAGCGUCCUCAAGGCAUCGGGAAGACCAAAACGACAUCUGGAGUGAGGAGAAAGCGUCCUCAAGGCCUCAGGAAGACCACAGUGAUGUCUGGAGUGAGGAGAAAGCAUCUCCAAGGCACCGAGAAGACCAAAGUGAGGGGAAAGUGUCCUCAAGGCACCGAGAAGACCACAGUGACAUCUGGAGGGAGGAGGAAGCAUCCUUGAGGCAUCGUGAAGACCCGCUAGCCCAUCCAAUGUCUCUACGGCACUCCACGGAGCCACUCAAUGACAUCUGGAGUGAGGAGAAAGUGUCCUCAAGGCAACGAGAAGGCUCCACGACCAAUCUGCCCUCUCGACACCUCUCCACCAAGCCACUUAAUGACACCGGGAGCAAGAAGAAAGUGUCCUCGAGGCCCCGGGAAGACCAAAACGAGUCUCCUUCCUUGUCUCAGGAUAGUCCAGUCCAAGACCAAACCACGGCGGGGUCACCAAAGGCCGAGACACCCGCUUCCAAGGGAGCUUUCCAGCUGCAGGCCCGAUUCUCCGGCGGCAAGCUCGCCCUCUCCGUGCCGAGGGAUCGCGCCCCGCUGUCCCAGAAGAGGCGGCGGAUGAAGGAGACGUGGACUGAGCUGGGCAACGCUCACUCCGAAGAGCUGGGAGAGGGUGGGAUCGACGGGAAGAGCCCUCUUCUCCAGCCCGUUGUGCUGUUAGACCAUCAAGCGGUCCCCAAUUGGUUGACUAGCCAGUCUUCCCAAAAGCGGGGGGCAGAAGAUCCUUUCCGGACCAAUCGUCCAGCGGCCCCCGUUUGCAACCCCGGGACGACCGGGCGGAAGGCGUGCAUUAGUGGUUUCAGCUCCAAACGGUGGGGUCGCCAAAAGAAACCCAAAGAGCGGCGCAGAAAGAAGAACCGGGUGGAGCGAUCCCCGACGAACGGAGUGGACGGCACCGGCGACGACAACCACCUGGGGUCGUCGUUUCUGUCUCCCGAAAACUCCUUCCAGAACUCCGCGUUGUGGCGGCGGCUCCGGGCCACUUUCUCCUUCCACAAGAAAAAGAAAAUCCUCUCGCCGGAGAGUUUCAGCGGCAGCAUCGUCGGGGCCGACGGCUCCUUCCGGCAUCGCGGGGACGACACCCCGCAGACCCCGUUCACCCAAAAACUAGGCUACUCUAUCUGCCCGUCCUCCUCCAUGGUCCUGCUGUCCGCCUUCUCCUCGUCUCAGUUGAUGCCGACGGACGAGGAGAAGGUGUACGGCGAGUGCCAGCAGAAGGGCCCCGUCUCCUUCGAGGAGUGCGUCCCCGUCGGGACGAUGCGGACGUGCCGGAAGAUCGGAGAAGGCGUCUUCGGGGAAGUCUUCCGGGCCGAGGGCGAGCGGGGCGCUGUGGCCCUGAAGAUCAUCCCCAUCGAGGGCGCCGAGCGGGUCAACGGCGAGCCGCAGAAGACCUUCGGCGAGAUCCUUCCGGAGAUUAUUAUUUCCAAGGAGCUCAGCCUCUUGGCAGAGGACGACGAGGAGCCGAACCAGGCGUCGGGCUUCAUCCGGCUGCACUCCGUCCACUGCGUGCGGGGUGCCUACCCCGAGCCACUCCUGGACGCCUGGGACGAGUUCCACCGGCUCCGGACCUCCGAGAACGACCGUCCGGACUUCUUCGGCGAGCGGCAGCUCUUCAUGGUGCUGGAGUUCGAGGACGGCGGCACUGACUUGGAGAACAUGCGCCAGCGGAAGCUGGGCUCGGUGGCCGCCGCGAAGAGCGUCCUGCAGCAAGUGGCGGCCUCGUUGGCCGUGGCGGAGGAGGCCUUGUGCUUCGAGCACCGCGACCUCCACUGGGGGAACGUCCUCAUCAAGAACACCGACCGGAAAGAAGUGAGUGUGAGGCUGAAGGGGGAGACGCUCACGUUCCCCACGCACGGCAUCCUGGUCAGCAUCAUCGACUACACCUUCUCCCGGCUCGAGCGGGACGGGCUUACCGUCUACUGCGACCUUUCCACCGACGAGGAGGUCUUCCAAGGCCGUGGGGACUACCAGUUCGACGUCUACCGCCGGAUGCGGGAGGAGAACGGCAACGAGUGGGCCGACUACUUCCCGCACAGCAACGUCUUGUGGCUCCACUACUUGGUGGAGAAGCUCUUGACGGAGGUGACUUACAAGAGGAAGCCGACGACGGGCGCGUUGAAGGCGUUGCAGAAGGAACUCAAGGGCUUCUCGGCAGAGGUUCUCGGCUUCCGAUCGGCCGGGGAUCUGCUGAAGGGGAGCCCAUUCUUCCGGUGAACCCAGGUUCUCAUGUUAUUCAUUUUUGGAACGUUGUGUAGUCCCAAGGGCAUAUACAUAACUUUCAAUGUGCCGAGAAGAGAGCUUGCCUGCUCUCUUAACGUGUGGACUAUCAUUGGCGAUAUCGGAACGUUGUGCAGUCCAAAAGGCAUAUACAGAACUUUCAAUGUGCCGAGAAGAGAGCUUGCCUCCUGUUGUAUUGAUUUGCAUAGUAUAUAAUUUUCUAAACCUUUGAGCCAGUAUUGUGUCAGGCGGUUGCGAAUGCAUAACUAUGCACUUGCAGCGGCUAUAGGUCUCAACAUAUGAGUUGAUUUCACACCAAUCAGGAAGCUUAAUGGGUCCUAGCGGACGCUUCCCGACGAGUAAAGUUUGGGAGACUUUGGGAUGUUGCGUCGUAAAGGAUUCCGCCAAUUUUUAGCUCUGUUUUAGAUCACAAUCCGAGUCGUAUGCGUCGGGGAUUGUAAAUAACCCUCUGUUUUGAAAUACAGUAGAGUCUCGGUUAUCCGACACCUGGGAUAAACUAAUUCCUUCAGCAAGUACUAUAUAGUCUUUAGCCUUUCCUUUCUUAAAGGCUCUAACUAUAUUCCCUCAAAGAGGCUUCCUUUUGAGACACAGUCCCCUUCUCCGAGACCAACUCCUAAAAAAACUAACUUGGGUUCCAAAACGUGACUAACUUUAGUUCUAUUUUUGAGUUGUAUGCAUUCGGGAUUGUAAACAUCCCUCGAUUUUGAAAUAUAUUUCGAUCUACAAUGCGAGUCGUACGCAUUCGGGGUUGUAAAUAUCCCUCGAUUUUGAAAUAUAUUUUGCAAGGAUUUGAUUCCCUUUGGCAAUACCUUCCGUUGCAUUGAUUUGGGUUGCGAACGCAUAACCGACAGCUAUGCGUUCGCAACAACUACAGGUCUCAGGGAACACGAAACUCCCCACUUAGUGACAAACAAUUACAGUUGGGUUGCUGUGAGUUUUUUUGACUGUCAAUCGUUGAAUUGCUGUGAGUUUUUUUUUUUACUGUCUGGCCAUGUUCCCUCCUGACAUUUCGCCCGUAUCUCUUGCAAGAAAUCUGAGUUUGUAAGGUUGUUGAAACGUCAGGAGGGAAUGCUUCCGGAACAUAGCCAUACAGCCCGGAAAACUCACAGCAAUUCAGCCAUUCCGGCUGUGAAAGCCUUCGUCAAGUAUUAUAAUUGAUUUAAGCUUGAUUGUUCCUAGCAGAUGCUUCCGAGCGAAUCAGAUUCGGGAGGCUCGUGGUCCUAAAGGAUUUUGCCAAACUUUAGUUCGGUUGUGCUUUAGAUCAUUUGCCAAAGAAACAUAAAAGGGACAAUUAAAUUUUAAAUCCAAUUCUCCCAGUAUGUAAACGGUAAUUCCUUUGGCAAUUACCGUAUAGUCUUUAGCCGUUCCUUUCUAAAGGCUCUUAACUAUAUUCCCUCAAAGAGGCUUCCUUUUCCAAGACCAAUUCCUAAAAAAAACUGACUUCCGAAAACAAACGUGUGACUAACUUUUAAAUAUCCCUCUAUGAAAAUAUAUUUUGUAAGGUUUUGUCCCCCCCUGAGUACUGUAAGCUUACAAAAUCAGACGUCACCGAUGUCGGACGUAUAUGAAUAAAGGUUUAUAUGAUUCCUA